AUGGAGGCCCGCCGGUCACGGUCAAGUCAUAAGGUCUCGAUGACCAUCGAAGAAGACGAGGCCACCGUCACACAUCGCAUGAUGCAGUUUGCCGACGAGUGCAUCGAGACAAAAACAGUCACUACCACAACCACAACAAAGCGGUCCUACCCGCCUAUUUUUCUCCGCGAACCUCGCGACGUCCGCUCGCUCGAUUCCAAAGAGUAUCCCCUUGCCUCGAAGCCCACCCCGCCCGAACUGCAACGAUUGACGUUCGAGAUCGACGAUUUUCAGACAGUGGGCUGGGAUGAAGACGAAGAAGAGGACGACAUUCUGGAUUCUCAGGUGAGCACUGCGGGUGGCAUCAUUGGUUUUGUGCACUCUCCUGCUCACACGACGGCCCAACUUCAGGCUCGGCGGUCACAGAGUACCGACUACGUUCGUGACAUAAAAGUCGAGCCCGGUAUAGAGAGCCCCAUGGCGGCUGCCUCGCAAACUCCCGUCCCUCCUCCAGAGCUCCUACAGCCGCGUAGGUCGCGCAGAUCAAUAAUCCGGGCAGUUUCGCCUAUCCACACCCCCAUGCUUACUAGGAGUUCGCGCCUUGCUGCCGCUAAGCCCGCACUCAUCGCGUAUGCCCAGCCAGACAAGCUCCGUCGUGCUGCUACGCGUGGGUCUCGUCGAGAGGCCGAAAAGGCCAUACGCAGGCCCUCUGGACUUUUUACAACUCCAGAUAACUCCGAAUUAGCCAUUAGCCGAUCCACGAAUAUGCGUCCCUUUCCUACGGACAGUUUUGAUACGGGUGUUAGCCAAUCUACAGCCGUUUAUGACGCAGCAAGUCCGACUGGGGAUGACUCCCAAGCAGCAUUCAGCAAUGUUGCCACUCCACCCAUUACAGAUACCGAUCUUCGGCCGUUCGAAGCGACCGAUGACCCGCUGAGCAUUGGUCGCAGCCCAGCUUCUAGGCGAAGCAUUAACGCGGUAGCAGCACAGGAUGUCAGUUUGCCAAGUCCGCGACUUUCACCUACGUUAGCAGCCGCUCAAUUGCAAAGCCACGCCGAUGACGAUGCCGACGACUACGAGACAUCCUUUUCGACUCAACUAGUGCGUUCUCGGCAAAACUGGGCAGAUGAGACUCAGAUCACCGAAGAUAGUCACGACGGUGCAGGGCCUAUGGAUCUUUCUCCCGUCCACUACGAAAAUUCGAUAUCGCGAUCACGAUCUGGCCGUCCCCGUUACGUGGAUCCCGCAACCAUGCUUAAUACCUUCGAUGCUAUGCCAGAUAAGCUGAAAACAUGGAUGAUGUUUCAGUUUCUCCGGCGUUGCUCGAGGAAUACUCUUCAUGUCGUCGCUGACGUGGUCAACCCAGCUUUGAAAACGGAUUUCCUCAAGCAGCUCCCGCUUGAGCUCAGCUGGCACGUUCUCUCCUAUCUCGAUCAUCGCGACCUGUGCCGCGCUGCACAGGUGUCGAAACAUUGGCGUAGAAUUGUGGACGGCAACGAAAGGGGUUGGAAAGAGCUUUUUGACCGCGAUGGGUUUGUCCUCGCUCCGGGGGAACUUGAGCGGGCCAUUAAGGAAGGCUGGGGUUGGCAGGAUCCUUAUGGGCCUUAUGAAUACGAGAGGGAUCUGACCAAGCCCGACCGGAUGACGGCUAGCGAGUCGGAGCUCAUGCAAUCCGUUGUUAAGAGCGAGAAGAUUGAGCCGGCUCCCAAGACUAGGGCAGCUAAGCGAAAGCGUGCCCUCACCAGUCUUAACGAGCGGGCGGCCAAGCGUCGCGCUGGUGUCGACGGGAAAGUUGACGGCAAGAACUCGCAGACUGCCAAGAUGCUCAAGUUUGAAGGCCCUAUUUCGGCUGCUAAUGCCGCCGCGCUUGCUGUCCCUGAUCCCGGCAUUGGUCUUCCGAGCUUACGGCAGCUUCACUUGUUCAAGUCACUCUAUCGUCGCCACUACCUCAUUCGCAGAAGCUGGAUGAGCGGAGACGCCAAGCCCAGGCAUAUCGCUCUUGCUGCUCAUCCUCGCCAUGUCAUUACCUGUCUCCAGUUUGACGACGACAAGAUUAUUACAGGCAGUGACGACACGCUCAUUCAUGUCUACGACACUAAGACAGGCCAGCUACGGAAACGGCUCGAGGGUCACGAGGGCGGUGUGUGGGCGCUGCAGUAUGAGGGCAACACUCUGGUGUCUGCAGGCACGGACCGGUCAGUUCGUGUGUGGGACAUCCAGAAGGGCCAAUGCACGCACACUUUCUACGGCCACACUAGUACUGUGCGCUGUCUUCAGAUCCUCAUGCCCUCUGAUACCGGCAAGGUUGACGCUGAUGGUAAGCCCAUCAUGAUGCCGCCAAAGCCGCUGAUCAUCACGGGUUCUCGCGACAGCCAACUGCGCAUUUGGCGCCUACCCGAGCCGGGCUCGCGGCGCUAUAUCCAGACCGGGCCGCCCCCUAAUGACGAGCAGUGCCCGUACUUUAUCCGGAUCCUGUCCGGACACAACCACUCCGUUCGCGCUAUCGCCGCUCAUGGAGACACCCUCGUGUCAGGCAGCUAUGACACCACAGUCCGCGUCUGGCGUAUCAGCACAGGCGAGCUGCUGCACACACUUGUGGGUCACAACCAGAAGGUGUAUUCGGUUGUCUUGGAUCACAGACGCAACCGGUGCAUUUCCGGCUCCAUGGAUUCGACCGUCAAGAUCUGGGAUCUCAACAAGGGCGAGAUGCUCUACAACCUUGAAGGCCACUCUAUGUUGGUGGGCCUUCUGGAUCUUCGCGAGGGCAGGCUCGUCUCGGCCGCCGCGGAUAGUAGCCUGCGGAUUUGGGAUCCCGAGACGGGCAAGUGUAAGAAGGUCCUCGACGCCCAUACCGGCGCCAUCACAUGUUUCCAGCAUGACGGAAGCAAGGUCAUUUCCGGCAGCGAGAAAACGGUCAAGCUGUGGGAUAUCGAGACAGGCGACUGCGUCCAGGAUCUUCUUACCGAUCUCAACAGCGUCUGGCAGGUUAAGUUUGACUGGCGCCGGUGUGUGGCGGCUGUUCAGAGGGGGAACCUUACUUAUCUUGAGAUCCUCGACUUUGGCGCAGCCCGCGAUGGCUACAAGCCUGACGAGCUUGGACAUCGCAUCCUGCUCAACCAGGACGAAGUCCAGCGUUUGGUUGAAGAGGAAUCCUGA